AUGGCUGGAUUUAUCAAGACCGAGGAGCAGAAGCCAGUCAAGGCUGAGCCCGACGCGGCCAACGGCUCGCCGUUCAUGGAGGACCUGCUUGACGAGUCGGCCGAUCUCGAGUUCUACGACAAGUUUAAAGACUCUGCCGACACGUACGAUAGGAUGUACCUGGCGCGUCUCCCCAGUUAUCUAUGGGAAGCUUGGUCGAAAUUGGAUGACGAUGACGAGAUCGAAAUUGGCAAGAUUCGACAGUUCCAGGACAAGGACGGCAAAAUGCAACUCCAGAUGCUCCUUCACUCUAACAUUCAGCCACAUCAAGAACUUCCCAAGGAGUACAAUCUCGAUGUCCACAACCCCGAUGUUCACAACACCUUCGUCUUCACCGAGCAGGAUCUAGGCAGCUACGCGGCCAAGAACAAGGAGAGGGCAAAGGCGUUGGCUGCCGGUAUCCCGGCUCAUCUUUUGCGUCAGCAACAGCAAAAGCAGUCAGGAGAGUCGUCGGACCGAGGGAGAAGAAGCGGCCCAUAUACGCGGAAGGCGAUUCCAAAGAAAACCAGAAUUGCUGGCAGAAUCAAGCACGAAGUACUUUGCACGCCCGCCGCCAACCCCGAGACCGAAAGAUUUCUGUUCUCUCGCACGAAGAAGACGCAAGAAACGAAGAAGGAAGUCAAGGUGUACGAGGCUGGUACCAACCCUCGAGGCUUGUCUGGAGACAAGGAGUGGGCUGGAUAUCUCAAAGUUACCGAGAAACCCACCAAGGCCAAGAAGAUGGAGAACAAGACCGCGCGCUGGCCCGAGAACCAGCUCCUUGAUGCCAUCGCCGAAUGCUUCGGCCGCCACAGAUUCUGGUCUAUCAAGGCUAUCCGCGCCGUCAUCCCACAGCCAGAGGUUUAUUUGCGGGAGACCCUCGAGAAGAUUGCUGUGCUUCAUCGUUCUGGGUCUUUUGCCAACCACUGGGAGUUAAAGGCAGAGUACAAGAGCAUGCUCAAGACAGCGCAGCCGGAGGACGGUGCGGCAGCUCCACCACCCGAUAACAACAUUAGUGACGAAGAGGACGAGGACAUCAAGAUGGAGGAUGUGAUUUAG